UAGUUCUAAUCGCGACCUCCGAACAAGAUUAUCCCAAAAAUAAGCAUAGUGUGGCCACCCACACCCACCACCUCCAAAUCAAUCUUUCUUCACUCAUUCCCUUGCCUCACCUAUCAUCGUAUUGUCGUCAAGGAUCCUAUUCAGAAGUUAUUCGUCACUUUUGUUCCAAACUCCUGCUUUCUCUCCCAAGAAGGCAUCCACACUCGUUUGACCACCAGCCGCCAGAAGAUCAGUCAACAAAACUGCACGCCCUGCUGUCUCCUGAUAGAUCCCCUAUGUCGCCGUGAUACGCCACAACUAGACUGUGACACCGUCUCCCGAACCACCGAUUGCAUUUGAACGGCGAGAUGGCUUCUAGGCGCUUUGGACUCUUCACUGGGCUCGUCGCGCUCCUUGCCAUCUGGGUCCUAGCCGUUGGACUCCGAGCUACGGGCCAUUUCCCAAAUGUCGUCUCGCAAUGGAACCACGAUGACCACUACCCCCCCCCAACAACCGCCUCCGUCAGCGCAGCCGAGAACCUAGCCUCACAGCUCGCCGCUGUGGCCGCCGAAAAAGAUGCGCUCAAGGCGCGGGAAACCAAGCUCGCCGAGCAGGAAAAGAAGCUCAAGAAGGACCAGAACGCAUUGAUGGAGGACAAGGCCAAGCUCCGCGGCGACCGCCCCAAAUCCCUCAUCUCAUACGUCUACACCGAGUCGCCCACCAACCGCCGCAAUCUCGAGUUCUUCAUCAAGCACGGCCUGUACGCCGGCGCCGACUUCGUCUUCAGCUUCAACGGCGACACAGAUGCCGAGACCAUCCUCCCCGUGUACGAGACGUCGCCGUGGUACGAUCCUAAGAUCACGAACAUCGAGGUCCUGAAGCGCGAUAAUAAGUGCUUCGAUAUGGGCGCGCAUGGCGAGGCGCUGCUGCGUGAGUGGAACGAUUUGGGAACCAAGCUCAGCCCGAUGGGCGGGCGUGACCGCGGCGGACGCAAGUUCUGGGAGGGGUAUGAGAGGUUCAUGCUUAUGAAUGCGAGUGUUCGUGGCCCGUUCAUGCCGAUCUGGAGUAAAGACUGCUGGAGCGAGGCGUUCUGGGGCAUGCUCACGGAUAAGAAGAAGUUGGCGGGCAUGAGCUACAACUGCCAUGGCGGCAAGGGCCACGUCCAAUCCAUGGUCUGGGCACUCGACCGCGUCGGCAUUGAGAUCCUAAUGAAGCCCGAAGCCGAAGGCGGCAUCGGCUACUGGUGCCCCUACGACAUGGUCAACGCGAUCGGCGGCGAGAUCCGCUCGACGCCCUCGAUCAUCAACGCCGGCUACGAGGUCGAGGCGCUGAACCUGGUGUACCACUCCCACGACGGCGAGGACCACGACAAGGACGGCAAAAAGGAUAAUAGCCCCAAGGGAUACAUUGAGGGCUGCACCGACGACGACUUCUUCCAUGAUAACUACUACUAUGGCUUCAAUAUCCAUCCGUACGAGACGAUCUUCAUGAAGGCCGCGAGGAAUAUGCAGGAUGUCCUUAUUGGGAAUUUCACCGAGUGGACUGAUGGCAGUGGAUACAGCUCCUACGAGGCUUGCGCUCUGAAAUAAAAGAAAAAGAAAAACAGAAACUUUAUGCAAGACUGGGAGAAUUGAAACGAACGACCAAGAUUAUCUGAAAAGAAAAAGAAAAAUGUUGCAAGAAUAACAGGAACCUGCCACCAACGGCGGGCUGGGGGGAUGGCGGCGGAA